AAAUUCACUUUACGGUUGUGUACACAGCUGAACAGGUUCGUAAUCUAGACCCCCUUCCUGGUCUGUGCGGCAGUGUGUCGCAAUGGCUGUGAGAGACGGUGUUGUGAUUUGGCUUGCCAGUUUCAGCCUCGUUACAGGUACUGCUACAAACGUUGCCCUGAACAAACCCGCAUGGAUGAGUUCAGCCUUGGACGGAAAUCAUCCUGCCAGCAAAGCUGUCGAUGGAGAUACAAGAGCAGACCAUGACAGAUACGUAGCCCACACAGGGACAGGUCAAACUAUCGCCUGGUGGAAGGUGGAUCUGCAGACACAAGUACAAUCAGCACGGAUUAUCCUGUACUUCAGAACAGACUACAUUUCUAGACGUAAUGGCGUGCACCUGUACACAUCAGGGACAAAUUCAUCUGAACCCACAGAAGGAAAUCUAUGCCACACUGUAACAGGGCGUCCUGACGGUACAGACAUCGAUGAUGUACUGAAUGUGACCUGUCCUGGGACCUGGCGAUACCUCACUGUCUAUACAGAGACGGAUAAUAAUGGAGGCGGUGUUAUGUUAGACGUUGCUGAAGUGCAGGUGUGGACAUGCCUUGCUGGCCUGUAUGGAGUCAACUGUAACAAGGCCUGUAACUCUCGCCACUGCUUCGGUUCAACCGAGUCGUGUGAUUCCAUCACCGGGGCGUGUUCCAGUAGACAGUGCCAGACAGGAUGGACAGGAAUAGACUGUGCAGUCUGUGUGGAAGGAAAGUACGGUCCAAGCUGUACCAGAGACUGCAGCUCCAGACAUUGCAAGGUAUUCUCUUCUACGUGUGAUCAUAUUACUGGAACCUGUCCUGCUGGUGGAUGUCGGGUCGGAUGGAUUGGGGCGGACUGCUCCACAGAGUGUUCCACUGGAAAAUACGGUGCUAACUGUGCCAAGGACUGCAGCUCUAGACCCUGUAAGACGUCUUCCAGCAUUUGUAACAGAAUAAGUGGAGCCUGUCCAGAUGAUGGAUGUGAAUACGGAUGGAUGGGAGCGGACUGCAAAACAGAGUGUUCGUCUGGAAAAUACGGUGCUAACUGUGCCAAGGGCUGCAGCUCCCGACAUUGUAAGACGUCCUCCCCGACAUGUGACCGAUUCAAUGGAGCCUGCUCUGCUGACAGGUGUAAGGAUGGAUGGAUGGAGGUGGACUGUACUACAGAAUGCGCCUCCGGGUAUUAUGGAGCUAACUGUGGAAAAAACUGCAAUCUUCGCAACUGCAAGGAGGACUCCAGCUGUGAUAGCAUACAAGGGCUGUGUGAAGGUGGAUGUGCGGCUGGGUAUAACGGAACAGAUUGUACUGAAGCAUGUACCAGUCUGAUGUACGGUCCUAACUGUGUCAAUUCCUGCAGUAACCGACAUUGUAAAACAAACUCAUCUACAUGUGACGGAGUGUCAGGAGAGUGUAUUGGUGGCUGCGAAGAUGGGUGGACAGAAAUAGACUGCUCCAGUAGUAAGUUACAAAGCGCCAUUGAGGUAAACUGCUCUGAUGGAAGGUAUGGACCAGGAUGUACAGAAUUCUGCAAUUCUCGCAACUGUAAAACACCGUCAAUCGUGUGUGACGUCACUGGAUCAUGCGCAGAUGGAUGCCGGAAAGGCUGGCAAAAUGCCGACUGCAGGACACCGUGUCCAAGCGGGACGUACGGUUCUAACUGCAGUAAGUCCUGUGAUUCCCGUCAGUGUAAAACUGCUCGGACCAUCUGUGAUCACGUGUCAGGAGCCUGCACCACAGGAUGUCGGGAAGGAUGGAUCGGAGCAGACUGUACUCAGAGAUGCAAGCCUGGAACGUACGGACCUGACUGCAGUCGUUGUGGACACUGUGACGUCACGUGUAAUGUUGGAGAUGGACGAUGUCCAGGAGAAUGCCUGGAGGGCUUCACUGGUGACCGAUGUGAUGUAGAUGUCAGAGCCUCUGUUGCCAACAUUAGCGUCAUUGAAGGAGCUAUAGGAAUGUCUAUAGGAAUAGCGGUCACGCUGCUGCUGGUUGUUGGGCUGUUCCGGUGUCUGCUGAAACAUGGAAGACUGAAAUGGAUUCCCUCAAACGGAGCAGAUCCAAAGAAGGAAGAAAGACAGGUUACACUGAGGAAAUUCCUACUCAUACGCCAACUCCUGGCGUGGGGGAUCCAGACUAUACUGAACUGAAUGAUGUCACCAGGAGAGAGAGGAGAAGUCACAGUACGAUGUCAUUCAGAACCAAGUGUAUGAAAAUAAUCAAAUCUGAGAAAGGUUAUGUGUAUUGUAUGGGCUAGGUUUUGUGCCGAAUCUGUAUAUGUGAUAGAUAAAUCUUUUAUGCUUGGUAGUUUAGAUAAACAACUGAUAUUG